CCGGUCGACCACUGUCGGUACUCGUUCGCGUUCCCGUAUUUGCACCUACCAACACCGGACCGUCUACAUAAUAAAUAUUAUUAUAACGAUCAAUUUAUUGUUAACGCCGGGCCGAACAAAUUAUCCAAUCGCCGUAAGUAUCAACAUUAUACUAUAUUUUUUCUGUUCGGGCGAAACUCUCGAUGUCAUUGUUGACAAGACCAUCUUCAGAUUCGAAUUGUGUAUUUUUUCCCUCGAUACUUCGAACUCUCGCUCGAAAACAUUUACGAAUCGCGAAUUUCAGCUCGAUCCCCCGAAUUUCGAACUAACGAGAGAAUCCAUACUGCGAUAUUCGGUAUAUGCGGUUCAUAAGUGGAUGAUUAUUGUUCAACACGCCACCGCAGCACGAUCGACUCGUGAACGUCAAUUGAAUUUGACUUUUCCGAAUUUCAGUUUCAACAAUACCCAGUUGUUUUUAAUAUAAUCGUUCAAAAACGUCGGAAAGGCGAUAUUUCGAGUAUAGAAAGCGCACAACGGAUGUUAUAAACGCGAUAUAAAUAUUUUUUAUAUCGCUUUACUAAAAUAUAUAUCGUCGGCUACCCAUUAGUAACUUUGCAAGUCGUUUUUCUUUUUUCUUUUUUUUUUUUGUAUGUGUAUACUGUAUAUGUAUAAAACUUUUCUAUCGGAAAUCGUGUUCCAAUUAAAAACUUUUAGGAACUUUCUUGUAACAUUUCUGAUCUAGUCGGUGAUGUAUUAAAGAGGUAGUUUUUUUGAUUAUCCUUGUAGCUUUCUUAAUAACUGUUUUCACGGCAAUGUAAAAUGUGUUUUGAAUCGAGCUUUUGAUGUGUCACAAACGAUAAUGUAAGUUAAUCAAUCGAAUCAUCGGUACGUUUGAAAUUAAAUGCAUUCAAAUUAUGUUACACUUGAUUGUUAUGGACAAAAACGUAAAAUCACUGCGUUCAAUCAUCUCUUAAACGCGAUUGUUUAAACAUGUAUAACUUAUAAUUUAUGGUAUACAAAAUCGGUCAAGUUUUUCUGUUUUUUUUUUCUUUCUCAAAGUCAAAUCGGUCAUCUCGCGUAUGCGUUUAGUUUUCAAAAAAAAAAAAAAUGCGACCACUACCUAAUACCUAUUUACACAGUUGCGUAUAGUUAAUUAUGCGUUUUGCUCAACGAGUUUUUAAACGAGUUUGCAGUUUAUAUUACCUAUAUGUGUUUUCUAAUCGAAUGUUUGUACAAUAAAUGCAUACAGACACACGCGUGCGCUAAUAACUAUAUUGAAAUUAAUUAAUCUCUAAAAAAAAAAAAUCAUAAGUAUCAAUCAAUAAUCUGCACGAAUGACCGGUUAUUAUUCGUACGCGUAUUUAGAGUUUAUUUAAUAUAAUAAAGCCGCGAAAAGAAUGGUGACUUUCUGCGAAAACAUUCUUUUUUUUUUUUUUAAUCACGAGGUUGGAAUUUUGUAAACACGUACCUAAUAACUGCACAGUGCACGGGAUAUAACUUUGAGUAAUAAGGAUUUCCAAAUGGUUAUAAACUUAUAUAACGAUUUACAGCGACACAAACAAUAUAGUACCUACCUAUAUUGUUAAGCAUUUCAGUAUUACAUUACCCGCAGUUAGUGGAACGUUAUUUGUAUUUUUAAAAUAAUUGCGAGAGUAUCCCUUUACAAAUUCUCGAAACAAAAUUAAUUUGUGUAACUGUUCAAUAAAAAUGAUGCGGUUUUUUUUCAACUCCGUUAUAAGACGAUGUUUUAGAAUAUACGGCCGCAGAUUAUUUAAAAUUAUAUAUUUAUUGAUUAUCGUUUUGCUCAUCGUCGUUAGAGCUAUGAAAUAUUCCAAUUAGAAUUUAUGUUAUGUUUUAAUGAAAUAUAUAAAUAUUUGUUUUUUUUUUUGUUUGGUUUUGAAUUACAUUUUAUGAAUUCAUAAUUCUGACUAAUAUUGGAUUCAAUUUAAACUUUAAAUAUUAUAUUUUUUAUUAAAAUUGGCAUUGGGUCGUAAUAAACAAAUAUCUAUAGUUAAAACUGAUUGAAUUAUUCGUUAAGAGGAUUGUUUAUUGUACUUAUUUCAUUUUUUUGUUACUAAUUAAUAAUUUUUAAAAAUUUACGAAUAGAACCGUUCAGUGCCGAUUAUUAUAGAUAUCUACCGUUGUUACUGUUAGAGUUUUAACUUAAAGUAUAAAUUGUGUACAUUUGUCUAUAGUUUUCAUUAAAAUGAAAUAUUUUAUGAAAUUUUCGUGAAAUAUCUAUAGUAUUAUUGCUAUUAUAUAUAACCUAACCUUACUAGUGUUUAAGAUUCCUAAAUAUAGGAUUUAGUGUAGAGCGGAGGAUUUUUGGUUUUAUUGAUCCGUACCUAUACCUAUGUAUGCAAUUAUAUUUUAUUCAUUCUAGUCAAUUAUGAAAUAUAUCAAAUGAUUUUAAUCCGUCGGGAAUUAUGAAAAAAAAAACAACGAGUUAUGUGCUUAUAUAACAUUCUGUUUUGACAAACAAAACAGAAUUAUAUUUAAAAUGAAUUAUUAACAAAAAAAAAAAGUGACUAAUACUAUAAAAAACAAUUAGGUAUAUUUAAUAUUAUGCUUUUUGUUCGAAACGCCAUAUAGUAUUAUCCAAUAUAUACGAGUAUAGAGGUAGUGAUUUUUAUUUAUGUUUUUUUAUUUAUUUUUAGAAAUUAUUUAUUUUUCCUCGUAUUUUAUAUUUAUUAUUUAUUUAUACUCGUAUAAUGUUUAGUACCAUAUUUUAGAUUCUGAGUGUAACUAUAAUUAGUUUUACUAAGAUGUGUGUUAUUUGAUUUUAUUUUUUUUUAUUGGAAAAUCCUUUUUCGUGGGUGAAAAUGAUGAAAUUCGUUCAUGUAAUACUUUAAAAGUUAUGUAUUUUCCGCUUGAUAGUGCUUUAUUUUUUUAAAAUUCCUAAUUUUUUUUUUCAAAAAUGCUCUUUUUGUUUUUUUUAUAAACAACUUACACCAUAUAUUAAAAUAUUAAUAAAUAAUAAUCAAACUGAUUAAAAUUAAUUGUUAGUCUCUGAAUUUUUUUUUUUGUUGGUUGCUUGGUGUUUUCGAAAAACACUUUCGGUUAGUAAGAAGGUUCCAAAUUAUUCGCAUCGUAUAUUAAAAGAUGGGUAUUUUUUGCUCGGUGGUACUUUAUGUUUUUAAAAAGCUUAGAUUAACAACAUAGGUUUUUUUUAUGUAAUUUAAAAAAAACUAAUAAAAAAUGUUGAUAUAUCGUGGUUUUAUUUUUCUUGAUUUCUUUAUUAUAUUGGCUACAUGACAAAAAGCAUGACUGAUAUUACUACUUCACUCAGAAUAAUUGUUUUCAUUCGUAAUGAUUUAUAGUUAUAUACAGCAUAAUAUAAAGUUAAAUACCCUGUAUACUUUACCUUCACAACUACCCACCUCUUCAACAGUGACCUAUCCGUGAGCAGUAUCAACUUUUUAUUAUACUUUGCGACGAUUUUCCCGUUUUCUCAUUAUUCAUUAAUACGAAUAUUGUGUUUGUGUAAUAUACCUAAUAAUAUAUGCAAGUAUAUUUAUCAAUAACAUGUUUACCAGUACCGCAAAUAUAAUAUAUACAAUCUUUACACUUUACACCUAAGUAGUAUUGUAUACUCGUAAAUAUUGAUUUAUUUAUUUUUUUGUUUCGAGUAUUGCACAAUUUUAUUACCAUACGUACUAUUUUAUAUACUUACGAUUCAACUUUUUAUACAUAUAAUAUAUAUGCACGUAAAUAUGAGAAAUAUAAGAAAGACCAAUGAAGUCUAUUUCAUGCAUAAUUUCCCGCAAAAAAUAGUUGCAUACUAUGUUGAUUUAAGUGUUGUUUGAAAAAAAUUCAAAAUUUCUGAAAUAAAACCGAAAAAAUUAAGGAAUAUAUCAUACUACAUAUUUACUUAUUUAUUUCAAUUGAAAACUGACAAGAUUAUAAUUUUCAAAUGUAUAUCUAUAUAUAAAUAAUAUAAAAUAUGUUAAAAAAAACUAGAAUAUCGUAUGAUUACGUUUAAACGGAUAAACAAACACAAAAAACAUGGUGCAAGGGCUCAUUCUGACCAUAUAAUAGAUAAUGGGUGAAUGGGGAGGGGGAGAUUUGUAAAGUAAUUAACUGAUUAAUUUGACGGGGGCUAGGAGGGUCCUUAAAUGCAAUUCUCGAAAUUAUGUAAAGGAGAGUCGAUGCGUCUAGAUAAAAGCUUUUGUUAGAAAUUAAGGUUAGCUACGUGUCUCCGGUCAGCAAACGAGUCAAGGCCAAGUUGGUCGAGAACUGCAAGCGUGUAAUCACGGGGAGGACAUUCGCUUUGUAGAGUAAAGAAAUGUUCGUUGUUUUUAUAUAAUCCAGCGUGCAGAGUUGCUUGCCGAACGAGCAUCCCAUAAUGCGGAAUUCAAGGAACAUGCUUCAUAAUAAAUCUAAAAUACAUCGUAUACCAUCACGGUAACAAGAACUCGCCGAAUACAAUUUCCGUCCGUUUAUAUCGCGUAUAGAUGUUCUUCGUUUUGUUUUGUUUUUUUAUUUUUUUCAUAGUCGGUUCGACGGGUGUUACGAACUAUAAGUAGGGUAUAUAUAUAGACCGUCCCAAGCGAGAUUUUUUGUGUAGCUCGUCGAUAAAUAACGCAUUAAAUAUCGUACCAGAAGCCAACUGGUACCGCGGUUUUGAUGUAGUCGGCAGGUAUAGGUACACAGAACUAUUAUAGAAAUACACAAAAGAAAUAACGCUUAUUUUAACACGUUUAGGUGACCUCCACGGCAAUUAAAGGUGUACUUAUAUAGGUAUACGUUGUACACACAAUAUUAUUAUAUAAGGUACCUACUUAGGUAUACAUUUUUAUGUCGGAUCUACAAUUGCAUAACGUCCGUAUAAGGUUAUAUUUUGUCUGAUGAAAAAAAAAAAAAAAAAAAAACCAAAACCAAAACGUCAGGGUGUCGCCUUGUUCCACAUAUAAUAUUUUGUACGCGGCGUUUUUCGGAGAUAACAGCGACCGACGAUGACGUUAUACAAGACAGUAAUCGGAUUUUCGAAAAAAAAAAAAAAAAACCGUGCUGUAUGUACAGGUUUCUUUUUACGAUAUACUUCGAUAUAGAAACGUGUAAUGCACCACUACUGUCGCAGAUGGGUGAAAAAAAAAAACAAACAAACUGGAAACAAGUGUCGGGUAACGAGCGGAUACUAAUUUGAAAUACAGACCGACGUAUAAUACAUACAAUUAUUACUAUUACACAUAAUAUAUUAUAAUAACGUUACUCGUAUUAUGCAAACGAUAUUUCCCGCAGUUAAAAUAUACUGCUGCAGUAUAUAUAAUAAUAUUUUUUGUACACUCUGGUAUUAUCAUAUAGGCGUGGACGGUUACGAAAACACGCUAUGAACUUUUGGUUUUUCGAUCGACAAACGUUAGAGGCAGAAAAAAAAAAAAAUAUGACACGCGGGUUCGAAUGGUAUACAAAUGCGGUUAAUCUAUUUACCUACCGCGAGGCCUCGGGCCGCGCACACGUGUCGUGGGUGUCGUUGAAAAAUAAUAAUAUUAUCGAUUUCCGAAACACACGUUCUCGUUUUCAUCAUGUAUACAUUGGUAUUAUAUUAAAACAGAAUAAACCGCGAUUUAAGAGUCCGUCACAGUGGAAUUUUCUGUGACCAUUUCGGCAACAGAUAUUGCAAAAACGCAAAUGAAACAGCUUUAAAAAUUUGAUUUGGAGAUAAAAUGCUUGUUGCUAUACAAAUGUGUAGACGUGAUAACGUUUUUCGGGGUGUUUUACACUAUUCUCUGUUGCGAGUAUAAACAUUCAACUCAUUAUCGAUGCUACGAAUUUCAAUUUUUUUUUUUUUUUUUUAAAUAACUGUGUAACCAAGAAAUAAUAAUUCGAGUAAAAUACGCCAAAAAUAUUGACACACAUUCCCCACGGGACGUACGUACCAAACCAAUAAUAAUAUGACUUUUUGCCCAAUUGAUUCGACACGGUUUCUUGUAUAAACGGUGGGUGUUAAAAAAUUAAAUCAGGUAGGUUUACCUACCCGAUGCGUUUGCAAAUUAACGAAAUUAUACUGAGUGUGUUGAAAAUGCGGCGAGGAAAUCCGCCGAAACCCUAGAAUAUUAUAAUACAAAUAAUUCGCACCUAAAAUAUUAAUGUGAUAUUUAACGGAUUAACGCGGGGUUUUUUUCUCGCACGUAAUAAAAUAAUAUUUGUUCAAUAGGUAGCGAAAAAUCGUUUUUUAUUUAUUUUUCAACAAACUAACGUUUUUUCUAUACCUAACGAAAUUAUCGUGCCUAACAAUAUAAACACAAUUUUAUACGGUGGUUUUUUUUUUUUUUUUUAUACAUGUUUUUACAUUUGAUAUCUAUAUGUAAUAAUAACAAUAACAAUAAUAAUGAUAAUAAUAAUAAUAAUAAUAAUUUUAAAAUCGCAUUCGGUGCAUAUUGUAACCUCGCGUACAUCAAAAAUACUCAUCGUAUAGCUAUUUAUUUACCUACUUUAUAGUUCAAUGGAAAUAUCCAUUUUUUUUUUUUUUUUGUUUACUUAAAAUCGAUAUGUUUUAUGAUGGUUAUUGUAUUGAUGUAUACUGCAUUCGUAUUUUGUCUCGGAUCGUUGAAGAGGGACUGCAUAGUACAACGAAAUCAUCGUUUCGAACAAUUCCAAUUAUAUCAAGUCGAAUUUAUAAUACUUUCUUUGAGUCGCAUAAUAAUUAUUAUGUCGAUUAUCAUCGGUCGUGGUUAUUUUCCUUCAAAAAUGUAGAUGCCGUUUUCCCCGACUGUCUAUUUUCCAAAAAAAUAAAUAAUUUCGCUCCAUUACCAUAUUAUAAUUGGUAUAUUUGUGAUUCUAAUAAUAAUUUGUAUAUCUACAUAUACAUAUUUUAUAUCCAAGCCAAUGUUGAAUUUUCGUGACGAAAAUGUGUUAUCGAAUUUUUUUCAGUAUCGCUGACGUGUGAAAAUCACUCUUCGGAAUUAGUUUCAACUCUUAUGUUUCAUCGAAAGCUGACGAACCUCAUAAUUUGGACAUUUGUUUAUGACUGAAUUGAUUAUAAUAUUUGUAGGAAAAUGUACCCAUCCUCGUUAUCGUAUAGACUAUAGAGGUUUUGAAUAUUGAUAUUUUGUGUAUCAUCGCUAAUUGUAUAAUAUAUUAUUUUCACUCUAUCAUCGACCUCGAUAUACGAAAACACAGGAGUUUUGUCAUGUUAUUAGUUUUUUUAAAAAAUGUGCGCGAACAUACAUACCUAUAAUAUAUUAUAUAGUUCAUCUAGGCGCAUUUCCGAGUUUCAUAUAAUAAGUAUUGAACACUUCCGGAAACUCUGUCGUCAUAAACGUUUUAUACAUAAGAAAAUCGAAUAUUGUUUCGAAUUUUAUAUAGAAUGUUAUGCAGUAUUUAUAGUCUUAAAGGUACCUUACACUCGUGUAUGUAGGACUAAUAUUUGCGACAGACUCGCGCGCGUGUCUAUUAUUGGGUCGCGUCCAAAAUACAAUAACAUCGUGACAACAACAGCCGUAGUAGGAGUGAAAAAAAAGGUCGUCAACCCUAAAAACGAAAAAAAAAAAACCGUAUACACAAUAUACAUAUACAAUUUUCAUUGAAAUAACAUCAGAGUAACAGUCCCUCGCUGGCAAUAAGCCCGGAUGGACGCGCCAUAAAUAAUAAUCGUCCAGACACAAUAUUUAAAGCUGCAUCAGUGUUCACGUUUUAAGUGGAUCUAUGUUUGAUAUUGUGUGCAAUAGAUAACAGCAAUAUAAUAGUAAAUAGUAUAAUAUAGUGUCGAUAACUGCAUACGGUGCACUCAAAUAACAAGUUUAUCGUUACAUCCAUAUAUAUUAUACUUGUACUUUCUAUAGAGGUACCUUUGUUAGAAGUAUUAUAUUAGUUAUUAAAUACAUCAUAUAUCUAAAUAUAAUAAUAUAUAAUAGCGUGGGCACUUGAGCCGAUAAUAUUCCCAUCGACAUUAUUACCCGAGUAUAUAAUAUAACACCGACACACACACACACACACAUACACACGCACACUCAACUCCGAAUUUUCGGGGAUUUAUAGGGAUUUUUGUUUUGUGAUUUCAAGUGAACUAUAAAAGUUAGGUUUGCAUUAAGCUAGAACUUCAUAUAUUGAUAACUGACGAGUUGAAUUUAAGGAACAAAAUAAAUAAUAAGUAUCUACUACCUAUUUCAUGAUAUAGUUCAUAUUGCAUAUAAUUUGAUAAUUACGAGCGAAUCGAUUUUUAUUUUAUUUUUUCGCUUGUAAACAACUUUUUUACUAGAGAUCUUGCUUCAAACAGAAACUUUAUAAAAACUUUCUUGUAGAAUUUCCGAUCUGGUCGGUAUAUUUAGGAUAUUACAGUUUAAUUUUUCUUGUAGUUUUCUUAAUAAAACGGGGAAAACUGUCACUUUGUUAUAACAUUUUUGUUGACUUUUGGGUUACCUAAGAAACAAAGAAAAACAUAUGACUAAUAAUACUUUGCUCAGAUUCUUUUUUAUUGACGAAAAUUUGCCGUUUCAUACAGAUAUAAAUUAAAUUACUCACUAGACUCUUCCUUUCAAGUUUCCUCUUAAAACAGUGGCACACCCAGAGUAUCAUCCUUUUUAAGAACAAUAUCAUACGGUUUAUGAAUAAGUAUGUAAAUGUCACUUACAUUCUAAUUAAAAAAUGUUGUUGUUUUUCUUUUUGUAUUUUUUUUUUUUUUUUAAGUGAAAUAUAAGUCUUUUCAAAUUGUGAUAUUUUACAUUUUUAAAUCCCGCUUGGAAAUUAUAAUAUCGAAAAAACCUACGUGAUUGUACAGAUAUUGUUCUAAUCUUUAAGUUUGAUAAUACAUAAUAUAUCAAUUCAGUUUAAUAUUAAAACUAACAGCACACAGUUGUCCCUGAUAAUGGGAAAUUUGUCACACGGUUAUAAUUCGGAGAAUGCAUAUGCGAGUAAACGCCUUCAUAAGGAAGACAUACACGCCCCAGUCCAUUUAAAUCUGUUCUUUGUUAUUUAUUCUUCUACAAUGGAUUUUUUCCUAUUUAUUGAUACAGCUAGUUUUUUAAUUUUUUCGUUUUUCCUCGUCAUCUAUUCUCCCGUUGUUUCGUGAGUGCGUUAGGUCUUUUGAACGUGUAUCUAUAUUUUUUCACACUGUUUAUUAAAUCGUUAAAUAUUGUUCGUAAAUUUUUUUACGCGGUAAUAUAUUACGACACUUGGUAUCGUACGCAUUGUAAUAUUAUUAUAAUAGCGAUCAUUUGGUAAAAACCGAAUCUCACACGGUAUCAGUGGUAUACUAUUGUAUAAUAUAGUAAUAAAUAAGUAUUUAAUAAUUAUGUAGUAGUACCAAUAACGCCCGAAUAUGUUUUAUGAGUAGGUACUCAGAACGUCUUAGAAAAAAAAAAAAAUAAACGAAUUUGUUUUAAAUAUUAGGUAUAUAUAUAUAUACACAUUUUUAUAAGUAGACACGGGACCCAUAUUGUAUAUCUAUACUCUUAGUUAAAAAUCGGUGACAAAAUUACGAAGAGUAAAUUUUUUUUUUUUGUUCAUAUGAGUUGUAUCUUUACUAUCUAUUAAUAUAUAUUUUUUUUUUUAGAUUUUGAGCGCAGCUAUUUUUUUUUUUUCAAUACAUUUUUCGUAUCUUAAUUAUUAAUCAUAAGUUAUAAUGAUUUAUAACAUUUUUAUUAUGCUAUAAAACAAUCGUCGAGUCAUUUAAAAAUAUACUUUUAUUCAAAUCGCUCACCCGUCACCGUAAAUUAUUACGUGCACGCUUAUUUGCUAGACAGAGAGACGGAUAAUUAUCUAAUUUUAUGAUAUUAUUCUUCCAUUUUAGUCAACAUUUUACCAAUGUUCGAUUUUUCGUAAUUUUCAUCAGAUGACUGUACUAUAAUGUAUACAUACAUAAAUUAUAAAAUGUAUGGAAUUAUGCAAGUGUUAUGCAGUAAAUAAUAAUAUUAUAUUAUUACAAUCAUUAAUGGAAAGCGAUAAAACUGAAAUAAUAAGUAAAAACCUCAAAAGGAAAUUUUCAUAAGAAAACCACGUGUAAUAUAAGUUUAAAAUAUACUUUAUUGACUUAUUGUGCUUAUUAGGUAGAUACAGAAACGUCGAGUACACAAUUUGUUUUAGCUAUCGUAGACUGCUCUUAAAAGUUUUUUAAAGAAUUUUAUUUAUAAUAUUACGUUAUGCUUAUUUUAAUGCUGUACUUGCAUUGUAUUAUUUACACAAUUGUUCACGUUUGGGGUUUUAAAAUAAAAAUAGGUUUUUAUUAAAGUCCGUCGUUUUUUUUUAGAUGAGGCCAAAGUUACUAGAUACCUAAUAUAAUAAAACGAAAUUCGGAAAUUACGAAAUCGUUAGCAUCGUAAACUUUUUUGUUUUUCUAUACGAAAUUUCCGGAUUUUUCUAACUAUUAAUCAAAUUGCACGAAAAAAUUACCUUCUCGAUACACUAACAAGAAAAAACUUACUGUUAGAAAAGAUGCUACUCUUGAAAAUCGGAGUUUCAAGAUUUCUGGUAGAGAAGUUGUUCACAAACACACAUACACACGUACACACUACAUAUUACAUAUUACAAUGAAACACAUUUCUCGUUGUACUCAGAAUCUAUCAUAAUACGCAACAUGUAUUUAUAAUAUACAUACCAUAUACCUACCUAUUUUAACACGAAAUUAGAAACGCUGCAGUACUUAUAAAAAUUUGUCUAUUCUCGUGUAUUUGAAAUGUUAUUUACAGCUUAAAUACGUAUAAUUAGUUAUCUACCCACCAUAACUAUUAAGGAAGAUUUUUCUUUUGAAGUUAAUUUUUAUCUCAGCGCUGUACCCAUACCUUUUACACUUAUGUAGUUGCGCUAGUUUAUUAAACUAAUAUAAUCAUAUUUAUAUUAUGAUCCACAUACGUUUGUUAUACUCGGGUUAAUACAAUAGGUCAGAAAGUGUUUGCGGUAUACUUACAUAAUAUAUAUAUAUAUAUAUAUUAACGAUAUUAUAAGUGAGAACGCCACGGCCACACAUAUGCAUUAUAUCAUGUAAGAACGAUGGCGACGACGAGAUAUAUUUUAUGAUUUAAACGCAGUUACAAUAUUGACACGUUGGCUUUAAUUGAUAGCGUUAAUUUUUGUAAUUUGCUUGAGGCAAACAAUGGGAAACACUCAAAAUAAAUUACUUUUGUUUUAAUAAUGUAUGCAUUGUUUAUUUUAAAACAAUAAAAAGUCAAACACCAAGAAAUUGCAUAAUGCUGCUUCUUUGGCCUACAUAAAGAAACAUAGAUAAUGUGUACACACAUCUUGUGUUUUCUAUUUUGUCUAUUAUUCGUAUAAAUCUACUAUAAUAUCGUUGUAGUCGAAGCAACGGCGUCAUUUUUUUUUUUUUUUUGGGGGGGGGGAUGAGGGUGGUGCAUUUGUACCAGUUUAACUCUGUGCUUUGUCUUAAGUAUUGGUUUUUGAAUUUGGGAAUAAAAUUACGAAAUACUGAAAAGUGUUUCGCAUACACUAGUAAUUCUUAACGGAGACAGUCCGGCCCCCAGACAGUAUUUGGGUUUAAGAGGGUAUGCAGGUUUGGAGAGUGUUUGUUUAAACAUUUAGAAUUUCGUCGUGGUGAACUAAAAUCAACUCAAUUUCAGGAUCCCAAGGCGGUCCAUUCGCGAUCACAUUAUCUUUUUUCUAUACCCCUUUGUACCAUCAAUAAUAAAUUAUCCUCGUAAAGGCCAAUGUUCUGGUUGAUGCGUAUGACACUAAUGAGGCAAUGAAUACCCGUUCGCUUCUUUCUGUUAAUAUGUUUAUUAUUUUAUUUUUGUAAGUAAUGCUUGUAAAGUUUUUAUUUAUUAAUGUAUAUAUAUAUAUAUAUAUAUAUGUACAUUAUUCCGUACUCUGGGCUACGGUCCGUUCUGUUAUAAAAUAAAUAAACGAACAAAUAAAUAAUACUAUACCUAUGAUCACUAUACAUAGUCAUAUAAUUAUGCAAAGUUUCCCAUAUUUUUAGGUUUGGCAAAAGGGGGACGAUGCCAUUUAGUUAUCUCGAUUGAGGGAUGCUGGACGGAAUAAAGAUAAAAACUACUGGUAUAUACCUAUUGUUUGCAUACCUUCAGAGUUGAUUAUAGUAAUUAAUAGUCAAAUUUUCGAUUUUUAACUUUUAAAAUUUAGUAUACCAUAUGAUAUAUACUUAUUAUCAUGAAAAUUUGAAAUAUCUGUUUAACGAAGGGGAACGGAGAGAGUUUUUUUUUUCUGUAAAUAACUCAUUUCCUCAAUCAGUGGCGUGCCCAAGAAUUUUCAAUAGAAAGAUAUGUAGUAAAUAAUAACGAUGAUUCAUGAAUAAAUCGUAGGAUCUUCUUCUGUUUUAUUAAAUAACCAAACCUGACAGCAAGAAUUUAAAAGCUGAAUCCAAAUAAAACGUAACAUGUAUUCAAGAAACCAUGAUUUUUCUUUUUAAAUAUGUUUCGUUACUUCAAAUACUAUAUGUUUUUUAUUACGUUUUACUGUGGGAAUUUAUAUUUUACAUUUACAUUAGCAAUAAUAUUAUUGAAACGCUAAAAGCAUACCUAAUUAUUAUAAACUAAAUUAUUCAACAUGGUUUUGGAAAUAAGCGUGUGGGUCCACAUGUUUCACAUCGUAUACGUCAAAUAUUAUUAUUAAACUACAUUCAAAUAUGGGGGAGUCGUUGCCCUCUGUAUAUUUUUGUACGCAUAAUUUAUUUAAUCGUUUAAUAUAAAUUUGUUAAAUUAUCCUUUUUUCGUAUGCAAGCACGUGCGUGUAUAGAAUGAGUGAAUAAUCUAUGUGUAACCAACAAAAUAUAAUAUAUUUUUUGUUAUACUGAAAAUUAUAAUUUUAUAAAAUUCGUUUUACAUAGUUGAUCAUUUAACAAUGUUAAAAUUAUUAUUGUCAUCGUAUUUUAUAAAAGUAUAUAAAACUAAAUCACUCCAAAGCGAGAUUAACGUUCAUAAAACAUUAUGCCAAUUCAUAAUAAUUCCAAACAUCAAUGUGUACCACCUAGGCGAGCCGAUAAAGAUAAAUUAUAUUAUUGGAUAGACACCGAUAAAGAGGAUUUUCGAAACGGAACAUAACAUAAUAGCCAUUUUCUUAUACAUAAUUAUUAUAUAUAUAUACGAUAACAGUAUUAUUAUAUCGCUUUAAACAACUACAACUGCACCGGUGUGAUGUCCAUUCAUCAUAGUGUUUCUAUUAUGUACGGAUUUAUUUGCGCGGAUUGUAUACACGAGAUUUUAAACUAUGAACCUGACUUAGAAAUGAUCCAUCAAUGUCGACACUCGGGAACAGGCUACGAAAUGUGUAUACAAGCACACAAAACGGUUAGAUUUAUUACCUGCGAGUCAUGUGGAUUUAUUAUUAUUAUUUAUCAUUUACUCCGUGAAUUUUAAUAAUUUUAUAUUAUGUUAUCAAAAUGCUUACGAACACACGGAUUUGACGAUAUCGACAAGAUAAUUUAAACGCUUUAAUUGUUUAUUAAUUUAAACGAUCAGAAAAAAAAAACCGUUUUCUUGUACAUUUUUCUACUAACCUUUGCUCGUCUAGUAUUUUAGAUUCCGAUUGGAAUGAAAAAGCUAUUAGUUUUACUAAGAUAAUAUGUGUUUUUUUUCUCGGAAAACACUUUUUCGGUUACCUAUUAAAAAUGAAAAACAAUUAUUUUUGCGUCAUACCUUAAAAGAUUCGCAUUUGUCUGUCUGUACUUGAUUUGAAAAAAAGGUUAAGUUCUCAACAAUUUUUUUUUUCAAUCAAAAUUAAAAACCUAAAAUAUGUCGAUACAUUUUAUGUUUUACGUUUUUAUUUUUGGGUUAAAUUGGAUUUUAUUUUUGGCUCUGGGGUAAAAAAAAACAUUACUAUUAUUACUAUUCAUAAUGGUUUUUUUUGUUUGCAAUGAUUUAUCGUUGCAUAAAUUACUUCGUAAAUCCUACAUUAUCAACUAUCCAACAACUAUAACAGUGGUCUAUCCGUGAACAGUAUAUCAACUAUUUUAUAUGACCACAAAUGGUUGAAUUAAAAUCGUAUAAUAUUAAUUUUUUAUUUUCAUUUAUCAGUAUUACUAAAAAUACUAACAUUUUUGUUUAUUAUUGUAUAUAGGGUAGUUUUAAAUUUUUGUUUCACGACUGCAGUUAAGAUUUUAGAACAGGUUUUAAUUAUUUUAGUUGAAAGACAAAAUCCUUUCGGUGGGUGGUCUUCUUAUAUUACUAGUAUCAAUUAAAUUAAAUGACGUAAUGAUGUUAUCAUUCCAAUAGGUUUCUGAUUGAAUUUUAUUGGCAUAUACGUAUAAAAUUAUUAAAAAGUUUAUAGUGGAUUGCGUACUUCUAAAAUAAAUUGUUAUUUAAAAAAUAUAAGUAAUUCGUUUGUCAUCGUAAUUGAAAAAAGUAUUUGUAUACGUUUGUGGAUUGAAUAAACUUUAUUGAAACCCUUCCGUUUUAAUAAUAUUCAUUUGUGUUAUUGUGAUCCAAAAUCAGAUUCGUGUAUUUUGUGUCAUAUAUAAUUUGAAGACCGCUACGGUCCUGAAUGUGUUUUAAACAGAUUUAUAUCUGCGCGGGCUUUAUGUGCUGUGAGAGUUUCGUCUUUUAUUUCAUAUUAUUAUUAUUUGAAGAGGCGUUUCGACUAUUGAAAAUUUCUCAUGAAGAAAAGAGAGAGAUAGCAGCGAGUAAGAGAGAGAGACAGUGACAAAAGGUAUAAAUCUCACGUCAUUUGCAGCACUGCUAAACGUAUAUACCUACGCUUCUGUGAUAAAUCACGCCGUAAUAGUAUUAUUUUUAUUAUGACUUGAGUGAUUUUUUUUUUUGCAUAAUCCAACAUGAGCAAAAACGGUACUACCUUCAGGAAUCAUUUAUUGAUCAAAUUGAUUUACUCGAGUCAAAUAUAUAUCUACCAUAAAUCGUAUAAAAUAAUUUAAAUAACCAAAGAAUGUGAUACUACUCACCCGUAGGCUACUGUUGUAGGUGCAGGGUAGUUGGGAAGGUAUAUGAUAUACACAGUAAUUUAGUUUAUAUACUCUAUGCAACGAUCAAUUAUUGAAAACUUAAAAGACAAUUUAUAAGUGGAGUACUUAUAAUUUAUAUAAAUUAUAAGUGGAGUAAGUAGCAUAGUUUUCUUUUGUUGCCUAGAUAACUCUAGAAAUCAACAACAAAUUCCCAGUUUUAGGUUUCUUAACAUAAUUUUAGAGGUUUCCACGUUGUGUUCGUGUGUCCGUAUACUUACGGGAUGUGGCAUGGCGUGCAUAUAAGCAGUGUAAGCGUUGCUUACACUUUCAAUCAUGAAAUGUUUUAUGUGUAUUUUUAAUUGAACAAUUUAUGCCAUGUUUAUGUUUUAGCAAUGUAAAAUUAUUUAUUACAUUUUGGAAUUUUCGAAUCGUAUGAGGAGAUGACAAUAUAAGCAAUUUUCAAAUGUGUUACACGACCAAUCAUCGUGAUAUCAAUAUCAUGAUACUAUUUACUAUACACUUGUACUAUCAGCGAAGGUACAUAAGACACUGCCAUGUUGGAAUUCUCAUCAGUCAAUUUCAUUCAUUGACUUCAACAGUUCAAAAUUAUUAUGAUUACUCAAUAGUGUCUAUUUAGGAGUUAUGGUUAAUUAUUUAAAUCAUUUUUGAUUAUAUUAUAGUGGCUCUCUGAAGGUGAUAGAGGUAUAUAGCUGGUAGGUAUAUAUUUUCUGGUGAUUGAUUACACCACUGACUACAUCACGCCACACCGCUGCUUACGGGUUUUGUUGAUUUAGUUGCUAGGUUAUAGGGUUACUACGUUUUUAUUUUAUUUAAUAUAUAGACUUAGGUAUAUUUUAUAACAUAUAUGGCAUAAAAUUUAUGUUGCUAUUGUAUAAUGAUGUGUUUGUUAUUUUUAAAAAAAUAAUUUUUUAUAAAUAUAAACAGUGUUUUCUAAUAUUUAUGUUUCUAAUUAUUAUGCACAUUUAACUGCGAAAAAGUAAACAAAGUAAAUAUAUAUAUGUAUAAACUAUAAUGUCUUUUCAUACUACUGACUAUUCGGGGCUUUUAUAAUUUAGAUGUGUUAUGUGUAUGAUGUGUAUGUUUAUGAAUUUAUACCUUCUAAGUAAUAAUAUAAGAAUUUUAAGUUGUAUGUUGGAGGCAACUAAAUAACUAAAUAAUAACUAAUAAUAACUAAAAAUAAUUUUAAUUUAAACAUGUUAAAAUUGUAUAAGGAACAUUUUCUAGUAAGAAAGUUCUGAUAAAGUUUUUGACUAGAGUUUUUUAAUAUUCAUGGUAAACAAGUUGGUAAUAAUAGAUAGACAAAAAAACACAUUUCUCGCUGCGUCCUAAACCUAAAAAAAUAUUUAAAUUAUAUACCUUCAAGAGGAAAAUGUAACUUGAUGUUAAAAAAAAAAUUUAACUAACUCUAAUAUAAAAUAAACCUUUAACUUAACCUUUUUUGACCGAGCACUGAAGAUCGUUCGUUCGCGUUUGUGUUACCAUAUUAUAAUAUAUUUUUUCUAUUUACUAUCGUAAAAUAAUAAAAUAGCGUACAGGUGACUAUUUUGUUAAUAAAUUGAACGAAUACUAAUUUAUUGUUAUCGUACCAAUAUUAUUUUGUUACCAUCGUCGUUAAUAAUCGUAAUAGUCAUUUUAAAUAACAAUAAAUAUGCCCAGUCAUUAACGAUAAUUAAUAAUAAUAAUUUUUUCUUUUAAACUAACUGAUGACACCACCGCUCUAUACGAAAUAUACUGUUAUUUCGUACUGUAAACGGACACUGAAAUGUUCAUAAAUAUUUAUGGAUAGGUAUCGCUGAUAUUGUACAAAUACAAAAUGCUGCAAUUUCUAUAAAAAAUUUUGCAUUAUCAUCGCAAUUUACUAAAUCGACCUUAUACUAGGUAUACAUAAUAUUAUAACAUGAAUCAAUUUUCAUUUGUUCUUAAGUAUACUGAGUAUGAUAACAUUUAUUUAUUUUUAUCGUUAUCAUGAGAUGUGGAAAAAUAAAGUUAUUUUUUCAGUGUUUCAGUGAUGAAAAUAAAGUAACAUUUUUUUCUACUUUUGUAUACAGCCCUUGCACAAAAUCUUAUUAAAAAAAAAAAAAAAUGAACAUUAACAGAUUAUUAUUAGCAUACGGAUAACGCUGUAAGACACUAUGCAUAUACAGUUAUAAUAUUUUACCGUAUUUCAUAAAUUUAAAAAACUUAGAGUUUGGAACUAUUUUAAUUAAAUAGCUAGAUUUUCUAGUAAUUAGAAUAAGUUUAGUAGGCAGUUUAGUUACCAGUGAAUAGUAUAAUUAAAUAUGGGUGAUUAUAAAAGACAAAUUAACCCGAAAACUUUGCGGGUUUUAGUAUCUAUAUCGGCUUAUGACGGUUCUCACUACUAGUUUUAAGUCAAUCUGACAACUUAGUGGGAUUAACCUCAUUAAUAUAAUCGUCAAAGUCGUUUGACCAGUAAAGGAUACCAUAACCGGAGAGUGAAGAUAAGAAAAAAACAGAGUUAUACGUCUAUAAAUUUAAUAAAACGUUUAGAGUAAAUAAUAUUUUAGAGAUUGUAAAAAAGAGAGACUACUAUACGGAAAGUGUUGGAACUGAAUUCAAUAGAGAAAAUAUUUUUGGGAUAGCCGAGGUGGAAAAAUAUAGGAAAAAAACAUUGAAGCUUUAGGAAAUGGACCAAAUCGAAACAUUUUGGCGAUGGACAUAGAUAACUAAAGGUUUGUCCUAGAAUCGAAGUAAACCCGAAAUAAUAAUAAUAAACAUUUUCUGAAAUUCAAUUUACAACAGUUGUACGAUAACCAAUAUAUAACUCAACUAUACGAUGUGCUCUUCCGGGAGGGGGGAGGGUUGUAGAUUACUAGAGUACUGAAGUUAUAGGAAUGGUUAAAAAGAAAUACAAGUCCAUUGGCGGAUAAUAUAUUAGUUAACCGCUCUUAAAAUUUUACUGUGCACUAAUGAUUCACCGGUUUGAAAACCGAAAAAUUCAUUAUAUUCUAAUAUACCUUCGGGAAAGGGUUAUCUGAGAUAGAUCCCUCUUGGCUUUAUUUUAGGUAAUUACAAAUUACUUAGUAUCAAAAUAAUAUACUAAUAUUAUUGCUAAUUAUUUUAUUAAUUAAUACAAAUUACGAUACACAUUUAACAUUAUAUUAUUAAAUAGUUUAGUUAAAGUACUCACCAAAAAUUAAUUUACAUACCUAUACCCCUUCUAGAAGACCAUAAAUGUGUCACUGUUAAAGGCUGAAUAGGUAUACGGAAAUUACUAGGCGAAUCCUCACCGAUAAUAUUAUACGGAUAGCCCGAUACGAAUGACAUUGACAAAACACAACCUGCGAGAAAUUACUGUAACUAUAACAAUGCCUGAUAAUAUUAUUAUACAGUCAAUGCUGUAUUCGAAAAUAAUAAUUAACUCGUACACGGUUCGGUUUAUAGAUAUUAAUUACGUGCCUAUUGUGAUCGACAUUAUUAUUGUCUAAUGUUUUUGACGGCUAUGUAUUACUUGAAUUAAAAAUACAAAGUGAUUCCAGGACUCUAUUGAACCGUAAACAUUUUUUUGUUCGUUUUUUUUUUAUUAAAAACUGAUUUUUUUUUUUUUUGGUGAUAUACUUUUUUAUACAUCUGUUUUUAUAAAUUACGUAAAAACGUGUGUAAAAAAAAAUAUCUGAAAAUACAAAAAAAUAACGUGCGGAAAAUUAGAUUUUCUUUUCGCAAAGUUUAUAAAACGAAAUAAAAAUAUUAAUUAUUUUUACUCGAAAAAAAUAUAUACACUUAAGAAGACGUCAAACCCGUCCGGGUUAUUUCCGUUUUACGGACGCACGACUUAGUCAAUUAUCGUUCAGCCAGUAGUGGAUUCAGAGAGACGACAAUAGGGGUAUUUGCAAAGACCAUAGUAUUCUUUUUCAUAGUGGCAAGAUAUAUACCAAGUUUCAUUAAUGGUAAAUGGUUCUGCUCCCCUCACAAAAAUUAAGCCCUGGAUCUGCCACUGCGUUCAGCAGGGACAGCGCUGUGUAGUAAGUUUUAAAAUUAGAGUGAGUCGACCUAUUAUAAAACUUAAAGAUAAAAGGAUAAGAACAUUACCUGUGUCAUGUCGUUGAAUUAUCUUUUUAAUUUUUUUUUUUUUGUUAAGCGAAAUGUAAGUAUUUUUAAAUUGUGAUAUUUCACAUACACAAAUCUCGCUUGGAAAUUAAAAUAUCGAAAAAGUCUACGUGAUUCUACAGAUAAUUUUCUCAUCUUUAAGUUUGAUAAUAGGUCAACUACAUUUUUAUAUCAAAAUUCACAGCACAAAGUUGGUCCCGCUGAACGCGAAUUUGCUAUGCAUUCGUUUUUAAGACGUAGACAGGUGUGGCGUUUUCUUAUAAGUACUUUGGUUGUUUUUAAUAUUUUAUCGUAUUUUUUUUAUAAUAUAUUCUAUGACUUUGGGUUUUAAAGAGGAUUAUUUUAAGGCGAUAUAUUUUUUUAUGUCUACAUUGAAUAAAGGUAAAUUGCGCAUUAGAUGAAAAAUAUAAUUUAGAGCCCUAAACAUCGUAAAAAUAUAAAUUUUAAAAUAAAACUAUCAAUAGGCAAUAUUAUAAAAUAUUAUAUAAUAUUUAUUUUGUCCCGGGGAAGAAAAGAGCUUGAGUCAAUAUUGUUUGAUUUUCAAUACAAGUAUAGAACAUUUUGAAAAUUGUGAAACAAUGACAGUACAAUUAUUGUUGAAUAGCCUAACCUAAAUAUGGCGUUUUAAAUUACUAUCAAGUCAUAUCAGACGCGAACACAGAGAAAGAGGAAGUUAAGGGUUCAACCUCUCUAUCGAAAUUUUUUAAAUAAAUAUAUUUUUAUAGAGUCACGAAACAUAACUGGUUGAACAUUAAAAAUGUUAAACCCUGUCUAAAAUAUUUGUUUAUGUACACGCCGGAGUUGUAUUGCACAUGCAUUUUUCUAAAUAAAAAUUACAUUAUAGUGAAUAUAUACGUCGUUUGCAUACGCUAAGAGGUAGACACUAUUAUUAUUUAUCCCGACGGAUGUCCGUACGAACAUUUUAUACGAAUUUAUGAAUAAAUCAUAGAAUCUUCGCCUGAGUUAUACUUAACAAGCGACAGUGAGAAUUUAAAAGCCGGAUCCAGAAAAGCUAUUUUUUAUUAAAUAAAUCAGGCAUUUAACUUGGUUGACGUGUGUAUACUAUUGUAAACGCGAAUCACGUUUAUUUAUUUAUUUUUCAUUCUUUCAUGUCACAACAGAGCGAAGCGAUGUUUUGCCUAGGGAUAGUUGGAUGACUGGGAAGUGACACAGGCUUAUAUAAUUUUUAUCCCAGAAAAACUCUCAUUCUCGUGGGAAAAUUCUUUGAUCCUAGUAUAAAAUGAAUUAAUACUGAAGCGAAAGAGUGAAUGUGUAUGGCGUCAUAUACGAACGAAUUGACGUGUUUUUUCAUGUAGGGAUAGCCGGAGAGCUGACAAGUGUCACGUGCUAUUUUUCAUGUACUUUUCACGAAAAAACAUCUUUCGCCCUCGGGAAUAUUAUUAGAGGAAAUAUAAGACAUAUUUAAAAUGACGUAUGUAUUUUGAACUGACGUUUGUUAUUUUUAUUUGCUACCUUCUUCCAUAGAUAAUAAAGAUAUGGAUACGUCACUUACAUUUGUACAUUCAAGGCCUCCUGCCAAGAGGAGCGGUACUGUUUAUUUCGUAUACAUAUCCAGAAGCACGCAUAAGAGGAAGUUGGGUUCGAUAAUAUAUGGACCCCUAUUUUAUUCACGGAUAAUUUUAUAUUGCCUCCUCUCAUGUUAGUUCUUAAGAAAACUUACAUGUGUCUAUUGUGUACGCCCAGACCAAAUAUUAGUAAUAUCGUUUACUAUAAAAUAUCAUAACUUUAAUAACAGUCAAUAUUGUAUUCAUAGUUAUAAUAGCAAAUAUAAUUUAAUUUAAAAUAGUCGUGUGGAAAUAUGGCCAGGGCGAAGCCGGUUAAUACAGCCAGUAUAUUAUAUUAUAAAUAAUUCCAAGACAAAAUUACAAAAUAAAUACUCAUAGUUGUAAGUGUACAACGGGGAAAUGGGACAUAACCUCUAGGUUAUAUUUCAGGAAUGCAGAAGAAUUAAUUGGACACGUAUAGUUAACAUUAAAAUCAUAAAUUACUAUAUAUACACAUAUAUAUAUAAACACGGCCCGUGAGACGGCUCUCAGCACCCCCACCCCCCUGGAUAAUGCACUAAGAUAGUGCAGUAUACCAAUAUAUGUGGUGUUUUGGUGUUUUUUAAACCUUUUUUUUUUCCUCGUUUAGAUAUCACCAUGACUUCGCCAGCAGCAUCGCCCCAAAAACCGGCCAUCGCUAACUCCGCGGCGUCGUCACCGGCCCGUCAGACAAACAUCGUUCAACAGACGCCUGAGCGCCUGCCCACUGCUAAAAUAUCCCCGCCGACACUGGUCAGUGGCAAAUGGCACUGUGCCCUGCGGGACGACCCAGCGAUGGCCAACGGGUCAAUAAUGGCCUGCAUGCGAGUUUGGAGAUUCUCCAAGCUGCUGUUGCAGACCGGAUGUUAGGAGACGACGGGAGACGACACUACACGACUGCGGCGACGGCGAAAACGACGAUUUUAGACUAAAUACCUUUAGGGUUUUUUUUUUUUUUUUUCAUUCACACGAUAUUAUACCCUCUAUAAUUAUGUCCCUUGAACGUUUUUUUUUUUUAUUUUACUAGGCUAUAAUAAUAUUAUUAUUGUAUAGUCACGAUGUACCGGUGUAAACAUACUGUAAUAAUGUACCUAUAUAAGUAUACCUAAGUCAUAGUAUUAUUAUUGUAUAACACGAAUAUAAUAUUAUAACAUAUUGUUAUAACGCCCGAAAUGUAUCGAUCCAAAUAAUAAUAAUUGUAGUACCUAAGCUUGGUAAAUAUUGUAAUAUUAAUAUUAACGAUUAAGAUCGCGUAUUUUAUUGUAAAAAAUUCUAUACUCGACCAAAAAAUUAUUGAAUAUUAUUAUAGGUCAAUGCGUACGUCGACAAUAAUCAUUCACGACUCGAUAUACAUUGUAUUAUAUAGUUUAUAAGUGUUUUUCAUAUCACAAAAAAAUAAAUAUUUCGUUCGCGGUUAAACGUGGGAGUUCUGGUCGUGAAAAUAUCGAGAAAAUUGUGUUAGGUACCUAAUAAUAAUAAUAAUAAUACCUAUAAUAACGUGUAGGUAGCUUGGGAGAUUUACACGGGAGAACGGUACCUAAUUUUUCUGGGCAAACGAAAAUCGACACGUUCAUGUGAAAUAAAAACACGCAGAAAUGCCCACGAUGAUCCUGCGAAAUAUUGAUUUGAUAAUAACAUUAUGUAUUUGCGUAUUGUAUUUCCGAAGGUGAUAUUGUUUUUUUUUUUUCACAAUCCGUACGAACCAUACUCGCGAAUUACUUUCAUCCCUCAGACAAAACACUGCAGUUGAAUUAUUCUUCCUAAAUACAUUUUUGUUUUUUCUUCCCACGGUUCGUAAAAUUGUUACAAGUACGAUAUUAUAUUAUAAUUUUAUCGUAUAUGUAAUGUUAUAAUAUGUAAACCGAUUGUAAUAUUGAAAUUAUAACGAUAUGGCGAUGAUGAUAGGGACGUAUACUUAUAUACUUAUACAUAUGUGCUGUGCAAUAAUAAUUUUACUAUAAUAUUGUAAAAAUAUAUUUACGUAUCAUUUAUUAUUAUUAGAGAGACGUUAUAAUCAUCAUUAUGUUCAAGUUAAAAAAGAAAUACGACCGUUUCUCUAUAAUUUUUAGCUUCAUAGCGGUUUUUACAUUUCGUGUGUAUAGCAUUCAAAUUUAUUCGGUACGCCCAUAUCAUGUAUAUAGAACAACAUAGAAAACCGACUGUACACGAUAUAGAGACAAUAAGAAUAUAAUAAGACAUGUGAAGUUCAGUAGCCAUCCAGGUGCGGAUAGUCCACCUAACUGAGGGCGAGUCGUAUUGAUCGACCCUUAUGACUUAGUGUACUAAUAUUCAAUCGUUUAUGCCGUGAAUUAUGCGACAUACUAUACAGAAAACCCCGGAGGAUUCGACGUUGAAACAUUUUAAAAUAUUUUUCACGUAAUCCAUGGCUUAAACCAAUAGGUAUAUAUGUAUACUUUCAUAUGGUUAAUCAAUACAAUUUACCGUCUCGGUCUAGUUGUAAUAUGGCUGCUAGACUUGCCGUCAUAGUUUACUGUCGUAGAGUCGGCUAUAACAAUAUAUCUGUAGUUGUUUUAUAUUUCUGUGGGCGCACCCGAGUGUUUUACGCGAAAUUUAAAUGUUUAUAGAUUUAUAAUUACAAUACAGGUUUCUCUAUUCGCGUUGUCGUGACAAUUUUAAACAAUAUUGCACUAAUUUCGAGUCGUUCUAUAUUCCGUAGUGUUUCGUUAUUGACUUUGAUAUUAUACACCUGCGGCUAUUUUAUAUUUCGUACGCGUAUUCGGCACAUUUAAAAAAUAAUUCCUACUAGAUUUGCAAUAAUUACAAUAAUAUAUGUAUGUAAAAAAAAAAAAAAAAAAUUUAAUACAUUUUAUUUCUUUGUUUGUUAUGCCGUUCGGCAAUAUAACAUUUAUAAUAUUAUUACCUAUUGUUGUUUUAUCAAAACGGUUUUAUUAACAAAAUCAUUGUACACUUUUUUAUUAAUUUCUUUUAUUAAUUUAUUAUUACUAAUUAUUACUCCUAUUAUACGCGAUCAGUUUAUACGAUUUUUCAAUAAUAAUUAAUAAUAAUAUCGUUAAAACGGACAAGACGCCUAUUAUAUUAUAAUAUUAUAUAUUAUUAAUACAUUUUUAGGUUAAUAGCCAUUAUUGGUGAUAACAUUAGAAAUUUGUACGUUUCUAUUAAAAUAUAAUUAUGUACUAUUAGUUUACGUGACGUUUUAUAUAAUAUAAUUAGCUAAUUAAUAGAAUUAUUAACGAUAAAGAUAUUAAUAUAUUAUUCAUUAUAGCGAGUUUCUCAAACAUAAUAAUAUUUUGUUUGUUUAUCGUACUCGUACUUAUGUAUGCAUUAUUGUUGUAAGCAAAUUUUUACAAUUUUUAUUAUUAAUAUAUUAUAAUAUACAAUUUAAAAAAAAUUCACCUUAUUUUAUAUGCUAGAAAUCUCGCUUCAACCAAAAACGUUAUGGGAACUCUCUUGUAGAAUUUUUGAUUUAGUUGAUGUAUUUAGGUGGUAUUUUUUAUUGUCCUUGUAUUAUUUUAUUAAUUAACGGGGAAAACUGACAAUUGUUUGCAUAUUUUUAGUAGCAAUAGAAAAAAAGGCAUCUCCAUUUCCACCUAAAUGAACCUCUCCAUUUUCCACCAAUACUCGUUACAACCAAACGUAUCUCUUGCCGUUUUCUAUCAGCACUCGUUUCAAUUAAAAUUAACCUCUUUCCAUUAGUAUUUUAUACUAAUACAAGUUUCCAAAUUCGAACAAUGGUUUUAGUCUAGGGACUUUAAAGUCCUCUGACGAACCAAACCGGGUAUUUUUUUUUUUAUAAAUUUGGCUUCAUAGUUCAUUAUAUUUACAAAUUUAAUCAUUCAUACUGUGAUUUAUUAAAAAAAAAAAAAAAAAAAAAAAAAACAUUAAACACAAUGUAAAUUACGAAUAAGUGAAAAAAACUGAUGUCUUAUAUAUCGGACACUAUGACCUAGAGGAUUCCACUUUUUCUAUACCUCAUUUUAGUGGAAACUGGUAUUGCUGGAAACCGGUGCCCCACUGGAGAAGAAAUACGACUAAUAAUAACACUACACAGAAUUGUUUUUCGUAGACGAUGUAUUAUCGUCGCGCAUAAAUAUAAAUUAAAUUAAUUCACCUAUAUAUCUUCUCUUUCAACGUACCUUUAAAAACAGUGGCACACCUAUCAGCAGUAUUAGCUUAUUUUUUUUUUUCUAUUUUGUUGU